UUCAAGCCAGUGAGGAGCUUUCUGUGUGUGGCUGGCCCCACCCCCUUUCCAAGAUGCUGUUUUGGCACAACCAGCCAGAGCACCUGUGGCCCAGUCCUGGGGAACUGUACCCUGGACCUCCAAACAGCUUGUUCAGGGAGUCCCUGCCCUUGCCCUACCUGAAGCAGGAGGAGCUGCCCCACAUCCCCAGUGCAGAGCCUCCUUGCUCCGCAUUCCGGUACGUGCUCUGUGCAGCCACCUCGCCGGCUGUGAGGCAGCAGGAGGAGACCCUCACCUACCUGAACCAGGGCCAGUCUUAUGAAGUGCAGAUGCUCUGCAACCUCAAGUUAGCAGAUGCCACCCAGUGGGCCCGGCUGUUGAAGAGUGUGGUGCGUGUGGUGUUCCAUGAUCGGCGCCUGCAGUACACGGAGCAGCAGCAGCUGGACGGGUGGCGGUGGAGCCGGCCAGGGGACCGCAUCCUGGACAUUGAUGUGCCACUGUCCAUAGGGGUGAUAGAGCCCCAGGUGCUGCCCUCCCAGCUCAACACGGUGGAGUUUCACUGGGACCCAAGCAAGAGGACCUCCGUCUUCCUGCAGGUUCACUGCAUCAGCACUGAGUUCACGCCUCGGAAAAAGGGUGGUGAGAAAGGUGUCCCCUUCCGCCUUCAGAUCGACACUUUCAAGCUCAGUGACAAAGAGCUUCCACCUGAGCACCUGCAUUCGGCUGGCUGUCUCAUCAAGGUGUUCAAGCCCAAAGGAGCUGACCGGAAGCUGAAAACUGACCGGGAGAAGAUUGAGAAACAGCCCCUGCAUGAGAGAGACAAGUAUCAGACUGCCUGUGAGAGCACAGUCUUUGUGGAGUGUUCACCAUGGCCAGAGCUCAGUGCAGGGCCCCACCAGCCUCUCAGUCCUCUCACUCUGACGUCCCCACACUCCUGCAAGCUCCUGUCCCCAGAGAGGCUCUGCUCCUCACCACCAUUCACCCUGGACACCUUGGGGGGCAGCCCAACUGAGGAUCUGAACCCCGGAGCCUCAAUCCUAGAGACUCAGCAGUGGUUGCACGGGCACCGGUUCUCCAGCUACUGCAGGAUGCUGGCCAAUUUCACUGGCACUGAUCUGCUGAAGCUUACCCGCCAGGACCUCAUCCAGAUCUGCGGGGCUGCUGAUGGGAUCCGCCUUUUCAAUACUCUUAGAGACAGGUGCUGGGCACUGCCAACCAGAGUUCCUUUCCCACUAGAGUGGCACUUAGCAACUCAAUUAGCAGCCACGUUUCAUGGAAUGUUCAAGCCAGAAGGCCCAUCCGUCACCGGCUGACAUUGUAUGUGGCUCAGGAGGCCCCCAGGAAAGAGAAUGAGGUUCCUAAGAACCCUGACUCAGGUGAGGUUCUGGCCUCUCUCUAGAAGACAAGAAAUUCAGGUGUGGUUAUACGAAACCUCUUCUGGCCUGGGGAGGUGGUGCUCCUCCAUUCCCAGGACUCAGGAUGCUCUCCCUGAAAAUCCCGUCUUCCAUGACCAGAGUAGUCCUCUCCUUUUAGGGUAUCUCCCUGGGAAUACUCCACUACCUAACCUCACCUGAUUUUGUCAUUCUAUUCGUAUGUGGGGUUAGAACACAGAACUUGAUAAUCUUGUUAUUGUACUUGGGUUCCAUCCAUUCAUAUGUAGGCAUCUCAGCUUCUCUAAACUGAGGGCUCCCCUCAGUUUGGCCUCCUCAAAGGUGAGGACCAAGUGGAUUUAUAAGUCUUUUCCCUUAUUUACUCCUUUUCCCACUGCAGCCCCUCCCCCUGAGGCUUUCACCUUGCUCUCUCCUUUCCCCUGGUAUCUGGGGCUCCUUCUGGGCACCCUCUCCCAAAUUACCUCUGCCCGUGUUGCCCACAC